AUGGAAGCAGUUAAAUGUAUCAUUGAGGAUUUAAAUAAUGAUCACCUUUCCAUAUUAGUUGAUGAAUCUUGUGAUGUGUCAUGUAAGGAGCAAAUGGCUAUUGUUUUGAGGUAUGUUGAUAGAAGGGGAAGUGUGAUGGAGCGAUUUAUUGGUAUUGUUCAUGUUCGUGAAACUACUGCUUUGUCUCUAAAGAAUGGAAUUAUUGGUUUACUUGCUCAACAUUCUUUAAGUCCAUCUUCCAUACGGGUACAAUGUUAUGAUGGAACAAGCAAUAUGCAAGGUGAUAUAAAUGGGCUUAAAAUCUUGAUGCAAAAAGAAAGUAAAGGUGCCCAUUCUAUUCAUUGUUUUGUUCAUCAGCUUCAACUAACUUUUGUUGCAGUGUCUAAAAGAUGUGAUGAAGUGCAAGAACUUUUGUUGGUUGUUUCCGAUAUCUUAAAUAUGAUGGGAUCUUCUUUCAAGCGUAGAGAUGAACUUCGCGAAUCUCAAGCGGAAGAAAUUGAAGAAGCAUUACGUAAAGGUGAGCUUGAAAUUGGUAGGGGCUUAAAUCAAGAAUUAGGUCUUGCUAGAGCUGGUGAUACUCGAUGGGGUUCUCAUUUCAAAUCCUUUAACAAUUUUAUUCUUAUGUUUGACCCUAUCAUUGAUGUACUUGAUGCAAUUGUUGUUAAUGCACGUUUUGAAGAAAAGUGUAAGGCAAAGGGAUAUCUUAAACAUGUUUAA